AUGCAUUCAAAAGUUGGGUCCGCCGAUGACACAACUAGUGCAAGUCAAGCAUCCAAGAAGCGUCAACGAACAUCCCAAUCUGAUGAAGGUACAGGUAUCAUCAAUGUGCCUGCUGAUGUUAAUCGUCCGUCCCGCGUGGUCAACAAACCCGUUAGUGCCACCCACGAGAUUCGUCAGCUGCGAGACCAAGUCGCAGCAAUGGAGAACGAGCUCAACCAACUGCAAUCCAAGUGGACUGAACAACUACCCGACACAUCGACACGAGCGACUGCGCAGCAUUCAGCUCGCGAGAAGUACGAGGUGGGUCAGACUGAGGAGAAGCACAACAAACUGCAAGACAUUCAAGUAGAACAGCAAUUCAUGUUCGCCAGCCUGCAAACAGCCAUCUUGCACGCCCCAUUGCACUCAAGCGGGAAGGAAAUGCUGAAGGCGUUGCACUUUAACACUAGUCUCGGACGUGAUCCGGAACAGCGCGAGAAAGUGUUGCUCGCACAUAACAACCGUUCGCUUUCUACAAUACCUUCGAUCGUGAAGAAGAUUACACAAGAGGCAAUGGAUAAGGUGCUUGCACAACGGGGCAAGGAGGACGCAAGCAAGCCAGUGAUUCCACUCUCUCAAAUUGACGUCACGGGCGGCAAAAACAGCUCGAUUGUCUCGAGCGUGUUCAUCUCGGAGAUUCCAAAUGCGACAUUGGAGGAAGUAUACGAAGCGGUUGCUUCUUACUUUCAGGACCUCCCGACUUAUAUGAAGCGCCACUUCAGCAUUGAUGUGAAGCGCGAAAGACUCAACCGUGCAAACUCCCCGGUCGGAUACUGGCGCUGGGCGCUCGACGGGAACGGGAUUCCUGCCAGAGUUAACAUCGUCCUAUGCUCAGAGCUCACAGCAUCACACGGUAUGUUUCAUGUCGAUGUCAUUACGGAUGACCAGUUGUAUCAUGUAUCCUCGGUACAGUUCGGAAUCUGCGGAGUAACCAUUACGCCUCAACGUGAUCCCCUAACGGGAGAGAUCUUGUCGGUGACGCUGCGGUGGUUAGUUUUGUACCACUACAACUUGGUACCAAACGACCCGGCACUCGCGAGAGAGCUGGAGAUCAUUCGGCCUAUUCUGAACGGUGACCUCAUUACUUCCUCAGUGUGUGAGUAUCUUCAAAAGAAACAGUUGUCAAGUUUUAGGAAUUAA